CGAGUUCUACCCGUUCCGCCAUUUUAUGUUCCACAGCAGCUUUGUUGUGAGGAGAAAUCACCUUGAACCAUAAAGCAACAGCACAUUUCCCGUAGCGGGUUACCUAGCUGUUAGGGAUUGUAGCGAGGUUAGAUGAUCCAGUAUAUCCCAGCUGAACUAUUCACAGACCACGGCAAGAGCCUCACCGAGCACUGUACGGAAAAGAGAAGAGAAGUGUAACGGAACGCCAGCUAACGUUACUUAGCUCGCCUGGCAACGUGUUUGCUGGUCGCAGCCGACAAAGACGAUUGCUCGUCGCACACCUUUCUCUUAAACGGUAAUCUGCCCGAAGACACAUUGACGACCACCGUGAAAUACUCGAAGACUGAGGAGAUGGCGACCUCCGUGGGAAACGUGGCUGACAGCACAGGGUUAGCUGAGCUGGCGCACCGGGAGUAUCAGUCAGGGGACUUUGAGGCAGCUGAGCGCCACUGCAUGCAGCUUUGGAGACAGGAGCCUGAUAACACAGGCGUGCUGCUGCUCCUGUCCUCCAUCCACUUCCAGUGCCGAAGACUUGACAGGUCUGCUCACUUCAGCACGUUGGCCAUCAAACAGAACCCAAUGUUGGCAGAGGCCUACUCCAACCUGGGGAAUGUGUACAAGGAGCGUGGACAACUGCAGGAGGCCAUAGAGCAUUAUCGCCAUGCUCUGAGACUGAAACCAGAUUUUAUUGAUGGAUACAUCAACUUGGCAGCUGCUCUGGUGGCCGCAGGAGACAUGGAGGGAGCAGUGCAGGCUUAUGUGUCUGCCUUACAGUACAACCCUGAUCUUUAUUGUGUGCGGAGUGACUUGGGCAACUUGCUUAAAGCCCUUGGGCGUUUGGAAGAGGCCAAGGUAUGUUACAGCGCAUUGGCCUUUGUAUACAUGUUUGUAUUCUGCUGUAGAUUUUUUUCUUUGUUUUUUUAUAUUUUUGUUUUUAGUGCCCUCCACCACAAAAAAGGCCAUAGAUAUUGUUCCUGCCUCUGCUUUUAAAUUUGAAAGCCAAAUCAAGUCCUUUCCCUUCAACCCCCGCAGCCCAGUGAAGGACAGCACAUCUCAUUUCUCAGAGUUGCAGUGAGCUUCUCUCCCCUAACCUACCUUUGAAGGUUUUGGGCUCCAAUAACUGGACAACCAUAUGAGGAAAACCAAUGUUGCCAUUUAACAUUUAAAAAUAUAUAUAUAAUCCUGGUACACACUUUCUGGUGUCUCCUUUUAAAACUACAAGAUACAUUUUUGUUUUUCAGUGUAGUGUAUAUGUAUCACAUUUGUCUCUGACCUGUAUCUCUUUUAGUCCCAAUGUCCUUUGCCCCGACCUUUUACCAAUGGUCAGCCCCUCUCCUUUCAGGAAGAAAGGCUGGAGUUUUUAAAUUGAAACAUUUGAUCUAUAUUUUCAAUUUUGAACCUCGGCAUGUGCAUUUUCAUAUAGAUUUUGGAGGGAAAAUGCUGGCUCGGUCUUUGAAGAAUAUAUGAACUGAUGAGAAGCUAGUUUAUCUUUGCAGUGCAAAAAGUAAGAUGGUUUCUAACCUAACCACUACACUCCAUUAUGGUUUAUCAAGUGCCCAGUGACAUGCUUUUGGUCUCAGUUUGCUGUCAGAGUUGCUGCCAGUGUGGGUUACACUUCCCUUUGUCAUUUUAAGACUUCGGUCUAUAUAAAGGGGCUUCCUGGGUUGAGUUAAAGAUGUGGAGAUGUUUUGGUGGUUACAGGCCAUCUUGUUUCUUGCUGGAGGGGGGUAAAGGAGUGGGGAGGAGCAUCAGGGAAUCACAAGCUCCCCUGCUCUGUCGCUCCACCCCCCCGCGCGCUCGCUAAGGAUUGGUGGAGUGUGCGCGCUGAGAGCUGCCUUCCUGACCCUUCAGCUUUACACUGUCAGUGCUGUGACAGUGCUUUUCAUGCACACAUUCAUUAGUUCUUCUUUUGACUAGGCUUGAUAAAGAAACAUUUUACUCAGCUGUCUAUCUAACUGAUAUCCACUGCUGUUGAAUAGUGUGUUAAACUGGGGUUAUGAAUGAGUGCUCAUUCUCAAGUGCCUUAAAAUGGUUCCACGUGUCGUCAGGCAGACAGCUCGCAAUCUGCACUCCACCACCUGCGUCAGAUGCUGGGUUAGAAAGACAGGCACACGCAGCAACAGGGAUAACUUCUUUAUUUCAGAGCUUUGGAGGCUUCUAGAUGCCAAUAAUUAAACCACAGACUUUUCUCCCCACCCAUUGGCCAGGAUUCAAGAAAGAAAGCCAGGAUAACGAAAUCAAAGAUUUUUAAGGAUUUCGUGAAAAUGCGUUAAAUGAUUAAUACUUGUUCCCUUUUCCUUCAAAUAUGUAAUACUAUUCCCAAAGAAAUGGGAUCAGUUCAUUUGGCCAAGAUCAAGCCAGUAACUGCCCUCCUGUAGUUUGAUAUGAAACUUGAAUUCAACCUAUAUUUAACUGAUAAAAGAACAUAUAAAAGCCUUUCUUCCCUCCCACUUACCCAAAAGCAUUUCUUUUGUUUUCUUUGAAAUGAAACAGUCAUUGCAUGAAUGAAAACCUAAGUAUAGUCCGUUUUAUGCUUGUUGUGUUUUUGGAGGAACCUGUUUUAUUUCCAUAUUUAAAAGCGAAUGUAUUGUUUGAAGACUUUUACUAACGAUCUUGUUUUCUGAUUUUGUCUCUUUUGGUUUUUCCACAACUGAUAUUGUUAUUUAGAAGGUUUCAGGUGGGUGACACUAUUCCUGCGUAGGUGCCUGGCGGAAAGGAACACUAGGGCACCCUCAGUCCUCCUCUUCUUCCAGCCAGCUGCGACCACAACUCUGACAAAGUCCAAAAAUAUGGCUUGCUACCUGAAAGCCAUUGAGACUCAGCCCAACUUUGCAGUGGCUUGGAGCAACCUGGGCUGUGUAUUCAAUGCUCAAGGAGAGAUAUGGCUGGCCAUACAUCAUUUUGAAAAGGCAGUGACUCUGGACCCAAAUUUCCUUGACGCAUACAUCAAUUUAGGAAAUGUUUUGAAAGAGGCCCGUAUCUUUGACAGAGCUGUGGCUGGAUACCUGAGAGCCCUGAGUCUGAGCCCCAACCAUGCGGUUGUCCAUGGAAACCUGGCUUGCGUCUACUACGAGCAAGGCCUCAUUGAUCUGGCUAUUGACACCUACCGCCGCGCUAUUGAAUUGCAGCCCCACUUCCCUGAUGCUUAUUGUAAUUUGGCAAAUGCCCUGAAGGAGAAAGGCAAUGUGUCUGAAGCAGAAGAGUGCUACAACACAGCCUUGCGUUUGUGUCCAACCCACGCAGACUCUCUUAACAACUUGGCCAAUAUCAAGCGUGAGCAGGGCAACAUUGAAGAGGCAGUUCAGCUCUAUAGGAAAGCACUGGAGGUGUUCCCAGAGUUUGCUGCAGCUCACUCUAACCUUGCCAGUGUCCUGCAGCAGCAGGGGAAACUCCAGGAGGCCCUCAUGCACUACAAGGAGGCCAUCAGAAUCAGCCCUACAUUCGCUGAUGCCUACUCAAACAUGGGCAAUACACUAAAGGAAAUGCAAGAUGUACAGGGAGCGCUGCAAUGCUACACCCGUGCCAUCCAGAUCAACCCUGCCUUUGCUGAUGCUCACAGUAAUUUGGCCUCGAUCCACAAGGAUUCUGGAAACAUCCCAGAGGCCAUUGCAUCUUACCGAACAGCCUUGAAACUCAAGCCGGACUUCCCUGAUGCUUACUGCAACUUGGCACAUUGUCUGCAGAUUGUGUGUGACUGGACAGAUUAUGAUGAGCGGAUGAAGAAGCUUGUGAGCAUUGUGGCUGACCAGCUGGACAAGAACCGCUUGCCCUCAGUGCACCCACACCACAGCAUGCUGUAUCCACUCUCUCAUGGCUUCCGCAAGGCCAUUGCUGAACGCCACGGAAACCUUUGCCAGGACAAGGUACACGCACUGAUCAAAAUCAAUGCACUGCACAAACCCGCUUUUGAGCAUCCAAAGGAUCUGAAGGCUAGCGGUGGUCGUCUGCGUGUUGGCUACGUUAGCUCUGACUUCGGCAACCACCCUACUUCCCACCUCAUGCAGUCCAUUCCUGGAAUGCACAAUCCUGAGAAAUUUGAGGUGUUCUGCUAUGCGCUCAGUCCUGAUGAUAGUACCAACUUCCGUGUGAAAGUGGUAGCAGAAGCUCAUCAUUUCACAGAUCUCUCACAGAUUCCUUGCAAUGGCAAGGCAGCUGAUCGUAUUCACCAGGAUGGAAUUCACGUUCUGGUCAACAUGAACGGAUACACCAAGGGAGCCCGAAAUGAGCUGUUUGCCCUCCGCCCUGCCCCCGUUCAGACUAUGUGGCUGGGUUACCCUGGAACUAGUGGGGCUCCCUUCAUGGACUACAUCAUCUCUGACAAGGAAACGUCACCAUUGGAAGUAGCUGACCAGUAUUCUGAGAAACUGGCCUACAUGCCCCAUACUUUCUUCAUCGGAGACCACGCUAACAUGUUCCCCCACCUCAAGAAAAAGGCUGUGAUUGACUUCAAAUCUAAUGGACAUAUCUUUGACAACCGCAUUGUUCUAAAUGGUAUUGAUCUCAAGGCUUACUUGGACAGUCUGCCAGAUGUGAAAGUGAUAAAGAUGAAGUGUGACAACAACCAAGAAACUACUGGGGACACAAACGGAGCUCUGUCCAUGCCCGUCAUCCCCAUGAACACAGCAGCUGAAGCAAUCAUCAACAUGAUCAACCAAGGCCAAAUCCAGGUCACAAUCAAUGGCUUCACGGUCAGCAAUGGCCUGGCAACCACACAGAUCAACAACAAAGCUGCCACUGGGGAGGAGGUGCCACGCACAAUCGUUGUGACAACCCGCUCCCAAUAUGGUCUCCCAGAAGACUCUAUUGUCUACUGCAACUUUAACCAGCUCUACAAGAUUGACCCCCCGACUCUUCAGAUGUGGGCCAACAUCCUGAAGCGUGUGCACAACAGCGUGCUAUGGCUUCUUCGAUUCCCGGCUGUCGGCGAGCCCAACAUCCAGCAGUACGCUCAGAAUAUGGGUCUGCCCGGCUCUCGCAUCGUCUUCUCUCCUGUGGCCCCCAAGGAGGAGCAUGUGAGAAGGGGCCAGCUUGCUGAUGUGUGCCUCGACACUCCUCUGUGCAACGGUCACACCACAGGCAUGGAUGUUCUCUGGGCUGGAACACCCAUGGUCACCAUGCCAGGUGAGACCCUUGCCUCCCGUGUGGCUGCCUCACAACUCAACUGUCUGGGCUGCCCUGAGCUAAUAGCACAGAGUCGUCAGGAUUAUGAGGACAUAGCAGUCAAACUGGGCUCGGACAUGGAAUUCCUGAAGAUGGUCCGAGCACGCGUUUGGAAGCAGCGAAUCUGCAGCCCUCUUUUCAAUACCAAGCAGUACACAAUUGACCUGGAGAGGCUCUAUCUGCAGAUGUGGGAGCACCAUAGCAAUGGCAAAAAGCCUGAAGCCCUGGUCAAUGUCCAUUCAGUAGAGGCCAGUGAGAAUGCCUGAACUGAAAGCACACUGAAUUGUUGUCUCUUUAUACCCAAGUCAUAUCCAGCCCUCCUCACCGUCUUCGUCUUUAAAAAAACAAAACAUUAUUGACACUUGCUUGGACUGGUCUGUGUCCACUCCAGCCCUCCCCCUCAAUGAUUGUCUCCAUUGCUCUCCUCUAAUAUACAUGGGACUCUUUAUUUGUAAAAGAGCCUACAGAUGUACACAUUUUUCCCCCCCAUCACAUCCGUUAUGUCAUCACACAUCUGCAUUUCCUGAGCCAGAUGGAGCCUGAGACUUUCGGGAAUCGCGUCUGAGACUCUUGUCCUAAAACACAGUAUAUCUGGUGUGCAUGAGAGGAUUGUGAAUGCCCUGCUAACCCUUCUGUACUUGGAUCAGUGGACUUUUUUUUUUCUUUUUCUCACCUGUCUGUGUGUACAGGAUUAUCUGCAGCUUGUGGAGAGAAUGCCCAGCCGUCAUUUCUUGUUGAUCUAUUUAUAAAUGGAUUAAGAGUGUUGUGUUUUAAAAGGACAAUGUUGCACCAUUGAAAUUGUAACUUUUAAGUUUCAUCAGCUUUAACAUGCAAUUGUAAAACUUGGAUUGCAACAGAGAUUGCUCUUUAGUUAGUCUUAAACUGUUUAAUUAUUACAAUGAGUAGAUGUUCAAGUUGAGGAAUGUGCUCUAAAUGAAGACUGCUUCCCUUCACCAAAUGCCAGAUUUGACUCAUUGUGUCAGUUGAGGAAUAUGCUCAAUGGCUGUUGUCCUGUUUGAUGUCACACCAUGCUUGUAAAAAUGAUUUGACAACGCUGCUCAAAAGAGCUUAAAUUCAUUGGAAAGGGCCUACAGUUCAGUUUAGAUGUCAAAGCUGUUCACAAAUUGAUCUUGUUUUUUAAUCACACAAACCAGGAACGGCCUAGGUAAGUAUUUUCUAAGCGUUUUUUUGUUUUUGUAUGGUCUGUUAACUGUAUGCUGUCAAUGAUGCCACGAGGUUCUAAAUAUAAUUAAAAAGAAUAAAGAGAUGGCAGAACUCUGA